CAGAUGGACCGUGUGGCAAACGGCUCCCAGGCUGCCUCCCGGCUCUUCCUCACCACCGCCCUGGCCCGCGGUGUCUCGGGCAUCUUCGUGUGGACUGCCCUGGUGCUCACCUGCCACCAGAGCACUUCCCCGCUCCGGGGCGCCCUUUUUACUGGCUGCAUGAUACCCCUCCGCGAGGUGGCACCAGUGGGAUCAGCCCUGCCCGCCGCCAUGCCCGGGGUCCCACUGUGUCUCGCACAAUGGACAUCCUCGUACACAAACUCCGUGGGAUCAAUCCUUACAAGGGGUCAGAGGGAAUCGGACCUUUGAACGCCCCCAGGUGAAAUGCCAGGCUGCCUUCUGGAAUGUACAUACCCACUCGGGAGAGUUUCCUUGAAUGAAUGAAUGCAAGUGCAGGAGUGAAUGAGUGUUCCACUGCGGAGGGCUCCUCUUCUCAGUGGCCCUCCUGCUCACGGGCCGGCCCACCCAGCGGGGUGGCAGGUGGCCCGCCCCCACAGCCCGCCCUUGCUCCCCUCGCCCAGAUCUACCUGCACCUGCGCUCCUACACAGUACCCAAUGAGCAGCGCUACAUCAUCCGCCUGCUCUUCAUUGUGCCCAUCUAUGCCUUCGACUCCUGGCUCAGCCUCCUCCUCCUGGGGGCCCACCAGCGCUAUAUCUACUUCGACUCCGUGCGGGAUUGCUAUGAGGCCUUUGUCAUUUACAGCUUCCUGAGCCUCUGUUUCCAGUACCUCGGGGGCGAGAGUGCCAUCAUGGCUGAGAUCCGGGGAAAGCCCAUUCGGUCCAGCUGCUUCUACGGCACCUGCUGCCUGCGCGGCAGGUCCUACUCCAUUGGGUUCCUGCGCUUCUGCAAGCAGGCCACGCUGCAGUUCUGCGUCGUGAAGCCCAUCAUGGCCUUGGUCACCAUCAUCCUGCAGGCGUUCGGCAAAUACCACGAUGGGGACUUCAAUAUCCACAGCGGCUACCUCUAUGUCACCCUCAUCUACAACGUCUCCGUCAGCCUGGCCCUCUACGCACUGUUCCUUUUCUACUUCGCCACCAGGGAGCUCCUGCGGCCCUUUGAGCCUGUCCUCAAGUUCCUCACCAUCAAGGCCGUCAUCUUCCUCUCUUUCUGGCAGGGGAUGCUGCUGGCCAUCCUGGAGAGGUGUGGGGCCAUCCCUGAGGUCCAGGUCAUCGACGGGAGCAAGGUGGGAGCCGGCACGGUGGCCGCUGGCUACCAGAAUUUCAUCAUCUGCAUCGAGAUGCUCUUUGCCUCCAUUGCCCUGCGCUAUGCCUUCACCUGCCAGGUGUACUCGGAGAAGAAAGAGAACUUGCCAGCCCCCACAGCUCCCAUGCAGAGCAUCUCCAGCGGCCUCAAGGAGACCAUGAGCCCCCAGGACAUCGUGCAGGACGCGAUCCACAAUUUCUCCCCUGCCUACCAGCACUACACGCAGCAGGCCACGCACGAGGCCCUGGGGCCCGGCAAGGGCAGGCACCCCUCGCCCGACACCCACCCCGGUGUGGCCGGUGGCCCUGGUGGGGGCAAGAAGAGCCGUAACCUGGAGAAGAGGAUGCUGAUCCCCGAGGAGGAGCUGUAGGAGGGAUGGCCUCGGGGUCACCGGACGCCUGGCUGGGGACAGACGGCCCAGGCCUCCGGGAAAGGACAGGGCCCCUCACCCACCAACCCUAUUGCCAAAGGUCAAGCCUCUCCGGGGAAACCUCCUGCCAGGCCCUUGGAGUCCACUUCCCAUCCUCCCUCCCGCCGGCGGGCCCACAGUCCCAGGGGAGAGCACUCGAGCUGACCUGACGAGCACCGGACUGGCUGGGCUCCCCUGACCACCAGCUUAGGUGGCCGCCAGGGGACAGGGAGCCAGCAUGGCCUCCCUGGAUGGACAGGUCCCAUCUGCGGGGAACGAUGGCCAGGACAGAGCUGGGCAGCCUGGCUCUGAGAGGCCUGGAGCCUCAGGCACUACUGGCGGGUGGGGUCCACACAGGCUGGUGGGGGCAGGUGACUCAGCUGGGCCUUGCAUGGCCCCCUUGGGCCCGAGGGAGAAGGGACACUGCAGCUCCACACACCCUCCAGCCAUGGGGAGCCCUAGAAAGCCCCCACCCCACAGGUGUGCCCCACAUGGGUCUGGGGGCUGCGCAGGCCAGCUGCACAGAACCUUUGCCCAGGGCUGCCAGCGGAGCGCGGGCUUCCCCCCAUGAAUCACAUGCAUUUGUACAUAAACACCUGCGUUUUCUAGUGA